GGUGUGGUGUCACGUGCUACUUUUAAAUGCCUGGAGUUUUGGAUGGGUAGCACAAACUGCACAGAAGCAUCCAGCAAAUCGACAUCACCUGAGGACUGAAGCAAGAAUGGACGCAGGUCUCAGACAGAUGAACGGGGAUCUGGAGAGGAAGGGCUCUCUGACCUCAUCCUACCUGGAAGAACCGUUAAACAAAACAGGAGUGGUGUCCUGCAUCUUCUCUCUGAAGCAGGAAGUUGGCGCUCUUGUAAAAGCUCUAAGACUGUUUGAGGACAAAGGCAUUAACCUGACCCACAUUGAGUCCCGUCCAUCAGGCGACAACAAAGAAGAAUACGAGUUCUUCAUCAGUGUGGAUCAGGCCUCCUCUAAAGCUCUAGAUGAAGUUGUUGAUGGUCUGCGCACACAGAUCAGUGGCCAAGUUCAUGAGCUGUCUCGCAACAAACAGAAAGACACAGUUCCAUGGUUCCCCAAUGACAUCCAGGACUUGGAUCGUUUUGCCAAUCAGAUUCUCAGUUACGGGUCCGAGCUGGAUUCAGACCAUCCUGGCUUUACGGACCCCGUGUACCGCACCAGAAGGAAGGAAUUUGCUGACAUUGCCUACAACUACAGACAUGGACAGAUUAUUCCACGUGUUGAAUACACGGCUGAAGAGAAGGUCGCAUGGGGAACAGUUUUUCGAGAGCUGAAGACGCUGUACACGACACAUGCCUGUCGUGAACACAACCGUGUAUUUCCACUGCUGGAGAAGUACUGUGGGUACCGUGAGGACAACAUCCCGCAGCUAGAGGACAUCUCACGCUACCUGCAGUCAUGCACAGGUUUCCGUCUGCGUCCUGUGGCCGGUCUCCUCUCCUCACGUGACUUCUUAGCUGGUCUCGCCUUCCGAGUGUUUCACUCGACACAGUACAUUCGCCAUAGCUCCAAACCUAUGUACACACCUGAACCGGACAUCUGUCAUGAGCUGCUGGGUCAUGUCCCACUGUUUGCUGACCCAAGUUUUGCCCAGUUCUCACAGGAAAUUGGACUCGCUUCUUUGGGUGCCCCUGAUGAGUUUAUAGAGAAGCUGGCCACAGUCUACUGGUUCACUGUGGAAUAUGGUCUGUGCAAGGAAGGGGAUAAAGUAAAGGCUUACGGUGCUGGUCUGCUCUCAUCUUUUGGCGAACUGCAGUACUGUUUGACGGACAAGCCCAAACUUCUGCCCUUCGAGCCAGAGAAGACCUGCCUGCAGCAGUAUCCCAUUACAGAGUUCCAGCCAGUUUACUUUGUGGCUGAAAGUUUCGAGGAAGCCAAAGAAAAAGUCAGGAAAUUUGCUUCCACCAUUCCCAGACCUUUCUCUGUGCGCUAUAAUGCCUACACACAGAGAAUUGAGAUGCUGGACAACACACAGCAGCUGAAGAACCUGGCUGACAACAUCAGUGGUGAGAUCUCAGUCCUGUGCACUGCCCUGCGAAAAAUGGAGUGAAACGAUGGUGGAAGAUUUUCACGGAAAAUGAAGAAGAAAUGCUAUAAUCAAAGACGCUUAAUAAGCAUAAUAGUCUACAUUGCUUUUUUAGGCUCAUACACAUUUUUAUUUUAUUUUUUAAACAAGCUGUGAUAGAGAGAGCAUGAUAUUAAAUAUUAAAUUAGUCCUUAUAUAGGCUAUUGCAUGUAGAACAUAUUUAUAGACAAAUUUUGUUAGUUCAAAUAUAUUUAGUCACUACGUAUUUAAAUGACAUAUAACGAAAUAACACGGAAAAAAUACCUAUGCAAAACAAAUCGCAUGUAAAUACCAAAACGCUUUGGGCAUUAUAAAGGCCCGCUCCCGCGUUAUUUGCUAUUUUAUAUAUUAUAUGUUGUAUUUUUCUCUGUAGUUUAAUCGCACAAAAAUACAGAUUGCCUACCGUGCACCAUUCGCUUCAGCUGUUGCUACUUGUUGUCGCACAAUGUUGCUGUAAUUUUCCCAAACAAGCCGCAAUCAAUGAAUCACGCGAUCAAAGGCUUGUUGAAACCAUGUGUUGAGCCAGUGCAUUUGGGGGACGAAUCAGUUUAAUAAUUAAAUUGCUUUUAUUUAAAACAUGCGUUCGUAUGCUUAAGCAUAAUAAUUAAAACAAACGUAAGGAAAGAUAAUUAGUUAGGCUAUAAGCUUCGCUUGACUGUGAAUGCAAUUCAGCGUUUUGCAUAGGCUAUAUCAUUUAUCUGUGGCUGAAUUAAAGACUGAGAUUUUAUGCAUGCAUUGUCACAUGUACCUAAAAAAAAUCAAUAAAGAUUGUCAUUAACUAUUA